CCACUGCUCAGUCCAUUGAAUUAUUUUGCCGGUGUAACAAGGAGGCACGCUUUACCUACCGAGGGGAGGAAAAACAAAACAAAACAACCAAGAAGGCGAAGUGAGUGAAAAUAUGACACGGUUCUUCUUUUAGCUACACCGACACCACUGACACCGUCCGCACUCACCCGGCUCGUUUCUCCUUUGUUUUCGGUGUAAAACUUCGGCUCUGUCAGCAUUUACCGGCCACCCACCACUCGUACGCUACUCUUGAUACAGGCUGCCCCCCACCCGGGUACGAGGAGGGUCGGAGGUGUGAAAGAGAAAGAGAAGGGGGAGCCUCAACUUGACUCGGAAAGCUAACUGUGAAAUCAAAGAAAAGUGGUAGCAGCCCCUCAGACAGUCUCCUCUGUAGUCAGUGGGAUGUUAGAGCUCUGGAAGCAGGACUGACUGAAGGAGCAUGGUCAAACACCAACCCCUCCAAGUCUAUGAGCGCCAGCUGUGUUUGUCAUGUAUCACCGGGAUCUACGGUUGCCGCUGGAAACGCUAUCAACGUUCCCAUGAUGACACCACCAAGUGGGAGCUGCUGUGGUCCCUCAUCCUCCUCUUUACCUUCUGUCUGCUGCUAGUCUGGUUCUACUUCUGGUGGGAGGCUCAUAAUGACUACAAUGAGUUCAACUGGUUUCUCUACAACCGGUCUGGGGAGUGGAGCGAUGGCACUGUUCCCAUCCUGGCCACCACCGCGGCCGGCUUCACCUACAUUGCAUUUUUAAUGGUUUUAGCACUUUGCCACAUCGCACUUGGCCAACAGUUGAAUUUACACUGGCUUCAUAAGAUAGGGGUGACUGUUGCUCUUCUCACCACCAUUGUUGGGGUGAUAUCUAUCAAUCAAACAUGGGGACAAGAGUGGGACGUCAUCCCCAUCUCUCUGCAGGCUACAGGUCCAUUCCUGCACAUCGGGGCUCUUGCUGCAGUCACAGCACUGUCUUGGAUUGUGGCUGGACAGGUUGCCCGUACAGAAAAAACUAUGUUCCAGGUUGUGGUCAUGCUGCUGUAUCUCAGUGUGUUACUGGGCCUUUACCUGGUCCCCCUGUACAUCAGCUCCCCAUGCAUUAUGGAUCCUAGCAGCCUCAAACCACGCCCAAAUGUUAUUGGCCACCAGGGAGCCCCCAUGCUCGCUCCAGAGAACACACUGUGGUCCUUCCAGCGAGCUCUGCAGAUGAACACCACAGGGUUGGAGGCUGACGUAGCUAUCAGUAUGGACGGAGUGCCUUUCCUGAUGCACGACCACACCCUCCGGAGGACCACUGACAUUGAGGACAUUUUCCCAGACAGGCACAUGAAUGAUGCUUCUUUCUUCAACUGGACAGAUCUGCAGCAGCUCAACGCAGGACAAUGGUUCCUCAAGGAUGACCCCUUCUGGACAGUGCGCACCCUGUCCCGGCAAGAGAAGGAUCUGAUAGCCAACCAGAGUGUGUGCAGCCUGGAGCAGCUUCUAAAGCUGGCCUCCUAUCACAACAGCACAGUGGUGUUCAGGCUGAGGAGACCUCCUCCAGAGCACCCCUGCUACGACAGCUGGAUCAAUGAUACACUGCAGGCUGUGCAGCAAUCGGGGGUUCCUCAGAGCCUGGUGAUGUGGACUCCAGAUGAGCACAGAGCUCAGGUGAGACAGCUGGCACCUGGUCUGAUCCAGACCUCAGUGGAGAAACUGAGUCCUCAAAGUCUCGAAGAGUACGGCAUCAGCAGGUUGCUGCUCAGAUACAACCAGGCCAGCACAGAAGAAAUCAGAAACUUCACCCACAACGACAUCAACCUCACCCUCUACACCGUUAACGAGCCCUGGCUGUACUCGGUGCUCUGGUGCAGCGACGUGUCGUCUGUCUCUUCUGAGGCCCCACAAAUCCUCAAAAAGGUGCCUUACCCCGUCUGGCUCAUGAGCCCAGAUGAAUACCGCCUGGUGUGGGUGUCUGCAGACCUCGUCUCCUUUGCUGUAGUGAUAGGAAUAUUCAUUUUCCAGAAGUAUCGGAUGAGCGGCAUGCGCAGCUACAACCCUGAACAGAUCAUGCUCAGCGCCGCCGUCAGGAGGUCGAGCAGAGACAUCAACGUCAUGAAGGAGAAACUGAUCUUCUCUGAGGUGGGUAAUGGAGCUGGCAGUGCUGAUGAGCUGUAUGGGGACACUGGCUACAACUACUACACCAAUCAGGGCAUCAGCCAGUGAUCGGCACUCAGCCUGUGAGAAUCUGCUGUAGCAAGACGGAGACGCCAACAAGUCGGAGCAUCCAGACAGCAUGAAGUCUGUCCGUGCCGAUGAACUGCAGGGACGCGCUGUCUCUGACGGAGAGGACAACCACCCAGUUGCUUUGUGUACAUUGUGUAAAUAACGCUUUGUUGUUUUUUGCUUGGUAGACAUACUGUAUAUCACACGGGACUACAAGCACUUUUUAUUGAUGGAAGUCGUUCGCCAAAUCCGUGGCCUCCUCUCUCACAUCAAAAUGUCCGAGAGCCCACCCCCCCCCCACCCAGUCUUCUCCUCCUACCUCCCCCACUUCUUUUUGAACACGAGUUUCCACGUUCUUUAUUUUAAGCUAGUUUUCCAAAGCAGUUCCCUCUUUUUAAAGAACUGUAAAAGAUAUUCUUCUCUUAGCAGACGAAUUUGUUUUUUCAAACUAGACUUUAUUCCAGCAUGAUAUAAAAAGGCUUUUAUGCUCCUGCCUUCUGUCAGCACUCCACUGUGCUGUUGUGCAUAAUAGUACUAACAUGAGUAUUUAUAUUUAAAGAGGAAAAACAAACAAAAACGUGUACAAGCUGUUUACAGAAGUCCUGCCUUCUCCUCUCAGUGAGAUAUUCACAUGGUGUAUGUAAGAUAAUGAUUUUGAUAGAGGCUGAACGGCCCCCCUCCUGCUCUACUUCUGAUCGCUGCAUGUGACAGUUAUGAUCAUAUGAAAUGACUUGUGUGAGCUGUGCUCCCAGUGCAACCAGAAGAACUUGUGAAAAUGUGUUGGGUUUUUUUGGGUGGGUGAUGAUUUGUGCUGUCUUUUAUUGGUUUAUGUAAAUGUGGUUGGACUUGUUUCUUCUUUUUUUUAAAGAUGUGUACAGUUUGUGUGUAUCCUGGCUGGGUAUAUAUAUAUAUAUAUUCCACCUUGUGUGCAGUGCUGCAGUAUGUUGAGUGUGUUAUAUUGUACAUAAAAGUUGAAAUAAUGUUUGAGACGCUCCAGCCAAUUAAAGGAUGACAUUUAAACAAUGUGAGAGUUAAUUAACAAUAGCAAUAGUCAGGGUCUUUUACACAGCCUCUGAAUUGCAGUCAAGUAUGUGCUUAUUUUAGUGUUGACAAAACAAAUUGCACCACGGUUGGCUGCUGGUGUAAAAGUGAAAGGUCAAUGAAGUGGGUGCUAAAUGUGAAAAUGAAGCCGUAAGCUAAUUGAAGGGACACUACGUGUCACAACAGGGUCAACAGAUUGCCUUUUUGUGUUUAUUUUCUUUCCUUGGGUAUUACUGUGCCUCAGAAGUAAACAUUAA